GAUCCCGUUAUAUCAACCGCCGCCGAUGGACGUCCAUUCGAAGAUUUUUUCCAAUUUUCGUGCUCAAAACAGCCCAAAAUUAGUGUAGAAACGCGCAAAAUUUCCGCUCCAGCCCAAAAUGAGUCUCGACAAAAGUCCCGAAGAGUCCACGAGUUGCGUCAAAUGCGAUAUUUUGUUGUGUCAAGAGCUGGGAAUCACGUCGCCGUUCCCGUUUUUGCAGCACGCCGAACUGCAACAGGUGAAUUUGGAACAACGUGAGGCUGUAAAACGCAAUUUGGCAUUCGAUGAUUUGUUUCGCGAUCAGCAACAAGAUUCCGACUCGCAGGCGUCGUUAACUACUCUUUCGGGCAGUUUGUCGCCGUGUGACUUGGCGCUUCCAGAUUCGAGUUUUUCGUCGUUGGAGAGUUAUCACACGGCAGAAAAUCACGACGAGGACCGACAAAAUGAGAGCAUCGCCAAAAAAGACCCGGAAUCGACGGACGAAUGCUCGGAAAAGGAUGAUUUGUAUUGCGAUGAGGUGAUGCCGGAAAGUCCGCCGCCGCAACCCGUGAAAGUGGCUUUUUUGAAACGUUGUCGAAGCGGCGGCGUAUCUCGCUUGGGACCCGCUUCGUCUAUUUUGGGGUCCUCGAAGAAGAAGAAACGCGUUGAUUUUUGAGAAUUUCAUUGAAAUUAAGUAAUUUUUGUCAAUUACUUCACACCAAAUGUACAGAAAAUAGGUAGACAAAUUUUUAUUUUUAAGAAACGGUGCAAAGUUGCCAGAUAUUAUUGAUUAAUUAAAGCAGAAUUGAAGAAAA